AUGAGCCAUAUGAUCUAAAAUAAGAAAGUUGAACUCUCGAAGGUCCAGCGCUUCGACAUCACUAAGAUUGAAUUCUUGGACAAGCUAGGAGAAGGGGCUUUUGGCAAGGUUAAGCUUGGCCGCCGACUCAAGCAAGAACUUGAUUACUCCACUGACGAGGAAAGCACUGAGGAUGAUAGAUCAGGAGGAGCCAACAGCAAUAAAUCCAGUCCCUUAGUGUCAAGGAAGGAAUCUGGCUAAGACAAACUGACACCUCAAAGGAAGUAAUCUCAAGGGCAAGAGGUUUAAUUUUUUGCCAUCAAAAUACUCUCGAAGAGUGCACUCAUCAAAGCCAAGCAAGUUGACCAUGUUUUCAAUGAGAUGACUCUCCAGCAGCAACUAAGACACCCUUUCAUUGUCAACAUGGAAGGAAUACAGUAAGACAGCAGAUCUCUUUACAUCAUGAUGGAGUAUGUAGAAGGAGGCGAGCUUUUCAAGCUUGUGUAAAAAUUCGGUCGUCUAGACUCAGGACUAGCAAAGUUUUACUCAGCUCAAAUCAUUCUAUGCUUCGAGUACCUCCACAGUAAGCAGCUGAUCUACCGUGACUUAAAGCCAGAGAACGUCCUGAUUCAUCAAUCAGGCUAUUUGAAACUCUCAGACUUCGGGUUCAUCAAGUACCUCAAACCAGGUGAGAGAACCUAUACUCUAUGUGGCACUCCUGAGUAUUUGGCCCCAGAGAUUAUUCUAAACAAGGGACAUGGCAAGGCUGUAGACUGGUAUUGCUUGGGUAUAUUCAUCUAUGAGAUGCUUGUAGGUCGUUGCCCUUUCAUGCAUGAAGACCCUUAUGAGAUCUUCAAAAUGAUAAUCUCAUAGAAGAUUCGAUUCCCAAGGAACUUUGACUCAGGAGCCAAGAGCAUCAUCAGGCAUCUGACAGACCAUGAUCUCUCUAAGCGAUAUGGCAACUUGCGCCACGGCUCGGAGGACAUCAAGAAUCACAGAUUCUACUCUGAUGUCAACUUCUAUAAUAUAAUUACAAUGGCUGUGAGACCUAGUUAUGUUCCUCAAGAGAACUCUUAGAAGAAGAGAAUGCUUGUGAAGCAGCCUGGCUAAUACUACAAGAUGCUUGAAGAGAAUCUUGAUGACAUUAACUCACCUCCAGUAACUGGCAAGGAUGACCCUUUCAAAGAAUGGUUCUGA